AUGAAGUUUGGCGAGACCCUCGUCCAGAGGUCUGUGCCAAAAUGGGCGGCCUACAACGUCAAAUACAAUGAACUCAAACAUGUUAUCAAAGAAAGAACCUCUGCCGGAGCAGCCGUCCCUGUUGAUAUUCCGGCCCAAGGAAAGUCACGCUGGGAAGAGCUGGAGAACCAGCUGUUCGAUCUGCUAGCAGCGGAAUACGACAACGUCACGCUCUUCCUGCGCAGCAAGCAGGGUGAGAUUGAACGCCGGCUUGCCCACAUUGAGAAGCAGAUUGGCAUAGCCCGACGCGCUGUACAAGACAAUGCCCUGGAUAAGCCUGUACUACAAGCCCAUAAGUACCGGCAACUGGUGAGGGACACUGAAGAGCUCGCCGACGAUAUACAGAAUCUAGCGCGCUUUGCUGCUGUCCAACGGACUGCUUUCCGCAAAAUCUUGAAGAAGUACCGCAAAUGGACCGGGUCGACCUCUUUACAGACCCGACUCGACGUGGAGGUCUUCUCCUCAAAUAAGCUGCAGACAGACUUUUCCGACUAUCUACAGCAGUUGUCCGAAGUCAAGACUAUCCUGACCGAGGAGCUUGCUGGCCCCAUGCUGACCGGUCGACGUCAAGGAGGUCCGACGGACGGAGAACAGAAACGGAUUUCCGCCUCGUCCAAGAGAUCGGCCAUCGCUCAGAUCAACAAUGCUCUCCUGCGUGGCCCUCUUCCAUUUGAUGCGGCUCUCCUGACUGUGCCCUACGGCGAGGCCGCCGGCAGCGCCUUCUACUGGAUCCAUCCUGAUAAUUUGGACGAGGCUCGCAUGCUGCUACUUAGGCAUAUGCGUGAUCCAGCUGGCUCUGCUGCGCACUCUAGAAGAGGUUCUGCCGAAUCCCUGGAAUCUCGGAAAAGGCUCACUUCUUUCUCGACCGCUAACUCUGCUGUCAGUCAUAUGGCGGUAUUCGACAAUGCACAAAGGUACAUAAAGGAUACCAGCCUCUCACGGCCGUCUCGGAUAGCGUUGAGUGCCCAUUGGAGCCGUGAUCCCGAGGCCGUCGUCACUCUUGCUGGACUUUCCCCUACUGUUUCUGGUGGAACUCUCCUUACUAUCAAUCGAAAAUCACUGUCAAAGGCGCUUCAACGCGAUAACCGGGCAGCAGAUGAUCCAGCCGAGGUGCGCCCCAUCCAGAACUACCUAUCAGAACAUAGAGACAUCAAGCCUCUGGCUGAAGUUUGCGUGAGCCGAUCACGCUACGUAGGGUUGACCAAUUCCAAUGAGGUCGCAAACUGGGCGACAUUGGAUACAAACAUCACAGUCAGCCCUGUGGACGUGUUCCAGCUGGGUCAACCACAGCACGACUCGCAGACAGGAGUUGCGUUCCCCUAUGCAGUCUUACAUAUCCGCUGGGAAUUCGCGCCGACGCCGGAGGUUGUCCGAGCAUUUGACGCCUCUUACUUGGUUGAGCGAGUUCAGAACUUCACGCUCGAGGACAUGGCUAUUCACAACGUCCAGACCGACCUCCCUCAGCCAUCAUGGCGUCCACUCCUUGAAAAGGACAUCAGGAAAGUGCCCGUGGUUCCUCGCAAUCAAAGACUCGGGAGAUCGUCCCGGGCUAGACUGAAUGCCUCAGAUGCUGUUGGUUCGUCUUCAGGGCCACCAUCCGCUGAUGGACCCCCUAGUAUCUUUUCGUUGCCACUUGGCGGCCAGUCUUCCGCAACUUCAGACGAGGGUGGUCGUAUUGGCACCCCUGUCACCACCACCAAGUCAAAGGGUGACACAUUAACAGGUCGACGACAUAAGCAGGGGAAGGCACGGCCUGAGGUCCCGGACCGUGAACAGCCGCCGUCAGGCAGAUAUUGGAACGAAUUUGACGAUGGAGACUCUGAUGUCAACCCAGGCGACGAGUACGUUAUCUACGUUGAUCCCAAUGAACCAACAUUUCCAGGUGCCGAAACAUUUUCCAAGACGUUUGGUGCCAUGUACAAUAGCUUCAGUAAAGGCACUGCGAAGGUGAUUUCUUGGCUACCCCUCUCUUCCGCACGGUUGGGCAGCAGCAACAAUGGUGAGAGAUCACCACUACUCGGGCGGCAGCAGAGCAGCGAAGACCCGGAGUCAUCAGGGUCCGAUACAGACGAGUUUUACAUGCCACAACCGCACCAACGUCAAGAUCACCGCCGGAGAGACCGGACCAGAAGACAUGGCUCCGGCACCUACCGCCCUCAUCAAUUCCUGAGUCGUCGACAAAAAGCCCUGGAACGGACGUUGUUUUCAUUCUACAGUGGCCUGCUCGCUCUCUCGUACGUUCUCCUGCUCAUGUCUGGCAUCCUUCUGGCAACCGGCCGUAGAAAAGCAUUGGUCGAAGUGGAUGCUGGCGUUGUUGCAGGGAUCGUGUUUGCAGAGGCUUGCGCUGUCACUGCGGUGAUAUUGAUUUUCAUGCGGAAACAAAGAUUAAGUGUGGUGCAUUGGGGAAUCGUGGGAGUCAUGGUCGCGAGUAUUGUGGUUCUUGGUGUCGCUCUGCUGGCGCUCAUGUUUGCCCACAACAGAAGCGCUGCGGAAAAGGGAGGUCAUUCAAAGUUGGGACUUUGA